GAGGAAACUAAAUCCAAGAUAGAGGUUGUGACAUCGGGCAGUGACACGUCAACCACACGGAAGAAGGUCUGUGUGUAGCAAACCUGCCAGUGUUUCUGCUAUUAGGCGAACUGUCAUACACAAAUGGGUGGUUUCUUCUCUAGUCUGUUCUCGGGCCUGUUUGGCACAAGGGAGAUGAGGAUCUUGAUCCUCGGUUUGGAUGGUGCAGGAAAAACAACCAUUUUGUACCGGCUGCAGGUUGGAGAGGUGGUCACCACAAUUCCCACAAUCGGCUUCAACGUCGAAACAGUCACAUAUAAAAACCUGAAGUUCCAGGUGUGGGAUCUUGGAGGACAGACAAGUAUCAGGCCUUACUGGCGGUGUUAUUACUCAAACACGGAUGCAGUUAUCUACGUUGUCGACAGCAGUGACCGUGACAGGAUGGGCAUCUCAAAGUCUGAGCUGGUGGCUAUGUUGGAGGAAGAAGAGCUGAAGAAGGCCAUCCUCGUGGUAUUUGCAAACAAACAGGACAUGGAUCAGGCAAUGACUCCAGCUGAGGUGGCGAACGCUCUGGGCCUUCCUGCGCUCAAAGACAGAAAAUGGCAGAUCUUCAAGACCUCCGCUACCAAAGGCACAGGCCUGGAUGAGGCAAUGGAAUGGCUGGUUGAUUCCCUGAAGACUCGGCAGUAAAGACUCCUGCCCAUUCUGUACAUACUCCUGACCUUCAACCCUUCUGUAUGAAGCCUUGUGACUGACCCCUUCCCAUAUCCUCCUUUCCUUUGGACCAGUGAUUGCACUCCCUCCCUUCUUUACCACACCUCAUACCCACCUGAAGCCUUGGCCAAACUUUCCCAAUGCCUUUCAAGCCUGGGACUAAGAACUGAAGGCGCACACGCAUGCAUGCACGGACACACACACAUACACAUAACAUACACACACAAGGCAAGUGAAGGUUUUAGAACCGGUGGAUAAAGAACAGUCUGCCCACGGUUUCUAUAUUUUUGUAUGUUUUGCAAGUGCAUGUAAGUAUCAGGCAGUGUUUACUUCUUACACACCUUUGGAAAAACGUGUUAAAGGUUGCUAAUUUUAUAAAUGCAUAUGUAAACAUGACAACACGGUUGUUAAGAAAACAAUAAAUAAGGCUUUCUAGCAUUUCUGCAAUUUGGCUAUUUCAUCAUCGGGAACAUUCUCUCCCACAGUGGUUAAGUGAUUUGCAUGUAAUUAAGCUAGAUUUCAAGCGUGUCAACAUCCUACUGUCAAGCGAGAAGACACCCGGCAGAUCCAUCAGGAGGCAGCAUAGCCAUUUGUCAGUUCUGCUAAUUAUACAACAUUGCAUCCUAGCAAAUCUGAAAUCAAAUUCUGUGAUAAAACUGCUGAAUUCUAUGAAAUGUUUUCAUUUUUACUUAGACCUUGAAGUGCUUCAAACAGUUUUUUUUCUCUACAUGUCCCCUUGUCAAGUUCUUACUGCAGUCUGUAUUGUUUCGUAUUACCUAUUAGGCAGUUGCAGUGUUUUUUUUCCUCUAAUCGAUUUGUUUUUUGUUUUUUUUCAGAUUUUAAAACAUUAUUUAUGGUUUUAAGUCUGACUGAAAUCCUUGAUUUUGCAGGGUUGGUUUAUUAGUCCUUAGUUACUGAACACUAACUGUAUGCGCAAAGUUUUAUGGCAUAGUUUGUGGCAUAUUUAUAUCUGCUUGUACAGUGAAAUCUCAGUAAAGAUGCUAUUGGUAAGCGUG